GGCGGACUUAUAAGUGUCAGGUGCCUUCCGGAGAAUUGACAUACGAAAGGGUGAAGCUCCAAUUUUGGCAGUCGGGUGACGUGGCUGAAGAUUGCGGACAGGGUUUCUUUACUCACCGGUUGUUCACCGGCGUGCGGUGCGAUUGGCUGCCACGAUGCACGUGACGCGUUUUGGCCAAUCAUAGACGUAAAUGGGUCUGUUGGUAAAGCACUACGCCAUAUGCGUACGAGCGCAUCCUAAAAACUGCCUGUCAUAGAACCAGGAAGAAGGUGGGAUAGCCAUUCAACGUCCCCGAUAUUUCUGCGUUUUCCCCCGAAAAUAAUGGGAUCUUCCAGGUGGAAAGUGGCAGCAGCGGUGUUCCUCAUUGUCGCGGGUUCUUUAUUACCUGUGGAGGCGGAUGAACACGUACACACGUACACAGAUAAAGAGGAGGUAGUUUUAUGGAUGAACACGGUGGGGCCUUACCACAAUCGCCAGGAGACAUACAAGUAUUUCUCUUUGCCCUUCUGCGUGGGCACAAAGAAGACCAUCAGUCAUUACCAUGAAACUCUUGGAGAGGCGUUGCAGGGAGUGGAGCUGGAGUUCAGCGGCCUUGACAUCAAGUUCAAAGAUGAGGUCAUGCAGACGACAUACUGUGAAAUUGAUCUGGACAAAGCCAAGCGUGAUGCUUUUGUCUAUGCCAUUAAGAAUCACUACUGGUACCAAAUGUAUAUCGAUGACCUUCCCAUCUGGGGCAUUGUUGGGGAGGCCGAUGAAAACGGGGAAGACCACUACCUGUGGACCUACAAGAAGCUGGAGAUCGGCUUCAAUGGCAACAGAAUUGUUGACGUGAAUCUGACCAGUGAAAGCAAAGUACGACUGGUUCCCAACACCAGGAUUGCGAUGUCUUACUCGGUGAAGUGGAAGAAGUCUGAUGUGAAGUUCGAGGACAGGUUCGACAAGUACUUGGACCCCUCUUUCUUCCAGCAUAGGAUCCAUUGGUUUUCCAUCUUCAACUCCUUCAUGAUGGUCAUUUUCCUGGUGGGUCUGGUCUCCAUGAUCUUGAUGAGAACCCUCAGAAAGGAUUACGCCCGAUACAGCAAAGAAGAAGAAAUGGAUGACAUGGACCGCGAUCUGGGCGACGAGUAUGGCUGGAAGCAGGUCCACGGUGAUGUGUUCCGACCCUCCAGCCAUCCGCUGAUCUUCUCCUCACUAAUUGGCUCCGGCUGCCAGAUCUUCUCUGUGUCACUCAUCGUUAUUGUCGUGGCAAUGGUGGAGGAUCUGUACACAGAGAGAGGCUCCAUGCUGAGUACAGCCAUCUUUGUUUACGCUGCAACGUCCCCAGUCAACGGCUACUUUGGCGGGAGCUUGUAUGCAAAACAAGGAGGCAGGAGGUGGAUAAAGCAGAUGUUCAUCGGCGCCUUCAUGAUCCCCGCCAUGGUGUGUGGGACGGCGUUCUUCAUCAACUUCAUUGCAAUCUACUACCACGCCUCAAGAGCUAUUCCUUUUGGAACCAUGGUGGCUGUUUGCUGCAUCUGCUUCUUCGUGAUUCUGCCUCUAAAUCUGGUGGGAACCAUUUUGGGGAGGAAUCUCUCCGGCCAGCCCAACUUCCCCUGUCGGGUGAACGCUGUUCCCCGGCCCAUCCCGGAGAAGAAAUGGUUCAUGGAGCCAGCUGUCAUCGUCUGCCUCGGAGGAAUCCUGCCGUUCGGCUCCAUUUUUAUUGAGAUGUAUUUCAUCUUCACCUCAUUCUGGGCCUACAAGAUCUACUACGUCUACGGCUUCAUGAUGCUGGUCCUGGUGAUCCUGUGCAUCGUGACGGUGUGCGUCACCAUCGUGUGCACGUACUUCCUGCUCAACGCCGAAGACUACAGAUGGCAAUGGACAAGCUUCCUCUCUGCGGCGUCCACGGCUGUUUACGUUUACAUGUACUCCUUUUACUACUACUUCUUCAAAACCAAGAUGUACGGGCUCUUCCAGACGUCCUUCUACUUCGGCUACAUGGCCGUGUUCAGCACCGCUCUGGGAAUCAUGUGUGGUGCGGUCGGUUACAUGGGAACAAGUGCCUUCGUGAGGAAGAUCUACACAAAUGUGAAAAUCGACUAAAGAGCGGAGCAGCGUCGCAGGGAUGUUCAUGGAGUUGCCUCCGCGAAUCCUGGGAGACGGCAGGCACAACUCAUUCUUUCCUUUUCUUUCUUGCGAGGAGAUUGCGAGAAUCUCACUUUGUAGUUUUUUCCAUUUUCUGAAUGAAUCUCUGCGCUGAGACACCAAGCGAACGAGAGGACGAGGUUUCACCCCCGAGGUUCGGUUUUUAUCGGUUGCUACCAAACAAACGUUGGGGCGAACGCUUGAGGCUGACAGUUUUUCCAACCGUAGUCCCACCCGACACCAGAGAAGAUGUUGACAUGGAACAAUGUAGCUCUCUUCAGUGAAGAGGCCCCAGUGCGGUUGAGAGUCUCUGCGUACGUCUGAGUUGCCCACUUCGGACUUGAUUUCUAUUUUGUAUCCUCUUAAAAUGUUCGUCAACGUUCCACAGCGAAAGCGUCCUAAAAAUUGAGCUGUCGAGUUGCCACCCCACACAUCCUCACGUCCCUGUUACAGUAGCAGUCCAUCCAGAUCAGAGUGGCCCCGCUGUGACGGCAGGAGAACAUCUCAUUUCCCGUGGAGUCUUGUUUUCUAAAUGUUUGGGUCUGAAUGAAGUCUACUUGUAAAGAUAAUAUAUGGACGGGGAGAGUGUGUAUAUAACCGUAAUGUACCUUUAGGUGUAGAUCCCAAAUGUAUUUUCGUUGUACAGAUUUACUACAGGGUGUUUUUUUUUAACAAAUCAAGUCUGUUCUUUUUUUUUUUUCUUUGUUUUGGUGCUUUGGUUGGGGCUAGAGGGCGCUGUUUCAUCCUGCCUGAUUUGCAUGAAGUCUCCAGGACGCCAAGCCGGGCUUCCUCCCGCCACAGCUCGCCACCCACGUACAGCUCAGUCACAUUUUAUCAUUUAAAGCUUUAAAAAAAAGGCCCCGUGAGAUCUGCUUCACCAUCCAGCCCCGCCCCUUCCUCCCUCCCUUUUCUGUUGCCGAACCUGAAACGUCAUCCGUGAAUGUCAGAAGGACUCGGGCGUCUCUGCAAACAUACUGUACAAAGUGAAGUUUAUGUACACUCGAUGUUUUCAUAUCCACACACAGCUGCGGAGUGUUACGGUCUCAUGACGUGUAAAUACAGUCUGUUCCCGAUGUGAAGAGAAGUGGAGAUGCCUCUCCCCUUAAUUUGCAGUUCUCUCCAUCUGAAGUUGGUUUCGGCACCUCAUGUUGUGUGCGGAUGUCUUCUCAGACGUCAUUAAUCUGCAUAUUAACUUGCUGUAUAAAGAGAAAUAAACAUGUUUAUGUACAGGG